UCACAGGGACUCAUGGAUCCAGAAGCUGCGACCAAUGGGACUGCUGUUACUGAGUUCAUUCUGCUGGGCCUUGUUGAAACAGAGAAGCUGCAGUCUCUGGUCUUUGUACUUUUCCUCUUUGCUUACCUGCUCACAGUUGGGGGCAACCUCAGCAUCCUGGCUGCCAUCUUGGUGGAGCCCAAACUCCACACCCCCAUGUACUUCUUCCUGGGGAACCUAUCAGUUCUAGAUGCUGGAUGUAUCACCGUCACUGUUCCUGCAAUGUUGGGUCGUCUCCUGUCCCACAAGCGUGCAAUUUCCUAUGAUGCCUGCCUCUCCCAACUAUUUUUCUUCUACCUUCUGCUUGGUGUGGACUGCUUCCUGUUGACAGCCAUGGCCUAUGACCGAUUUCUGGCCAUCUGCCGGCCCCUCACCUACAGCACCCGAAUGAGCCAUUCAGUCCAGUGGAUAUUGGUGGCUGUGUCCUGGGCCUGUGCCCUCACCAAUGCACUGAUCCACACUAUUGCCCUAACUACACUCAACUUCUGUGGUCCCAAUGAGGUCAAUCACUUCUACUGUGACCUGCCACAGCUCUUCAUCCGCUCAGUGGAGGGCAGGAAGAAGGCCUUCUUCACCUGUGGCUCCCAUCUCACUGUGGUUUGCCUCUUCUAUGGAACUGGUAUCUUCAACUACAUGCGUCUGGGUACAGAGGAGGCUUCAGAUAAGGAUAAAGGGGUUGGGAUUUUCAACACAGUUAUCAACCCCAUGCUGAACCCACUUAUCUACAGCCUUAGAAACCCUGAUGUUCAGGGUGCCCUGUGGCGGGUAUUUGUGGGGAGGCGGUUGUUGACCUGA